UAAAUAAAGUCGGAGCUGCUGGGCGGGUCUGUCUCACUGUCUAUGCUAUUGGAUAGAGAGCAAUCACCGCAGCUGUUCACCCCAUGUUAGUGGGAAAAUGGACAUCAAAACCCAACCUUCGUUUACGCUUCGAUCACACCGACAGCAUCAUUGCAUUGUGGUACACCAGAAUUACAUUAAUUUCCAAUGAAACGCCGCAUUUGCCUUGCAGCGUUCCAGAGGCAGUUGCAGUACGUUCUGUGUGUGAUGCGGUUAACAAAACCCACACUCUUCACUAACAUGCCCGUGACGUGUGAAGAUCGAGACCUCCCAGGAGAUUUGUUCAGUCGGCUCAUGAAGGAGGAUCCAUCCACUAUUAAAGGAGCAGAGGCUUUAAUGCUGGGAGAGAUGCUCACACUACCUCAGAACUUUGGAAAUAUUUUCCUUGGCGAGACCUUCUCAAGUUACAUUAGUGUGCACAAUGACAGCAGCCAGGUGGUCAAGGACAUACUAGUCAAGGCAGACCUGCAGACCAGCUCUCAGAGGUUAAACCUAUCAGCGUCCAACAACGCAGUCACAGAGCUGAAGCCUGAGUCCUGCGUUGAUGAUGUCAUCCACCAUGAAGUCAAAGAGAUUGGGACUCACAUUUUGGUUUGUGCAGUCAGUUAUACCACACAGGCUGGAGAGAAGCUGUACUUCAGGAAGUUCUUCAAAUUUCAGGUUCUGAAGCCGCUCGACGUCAAAACCAAGUUCUACAAUGCAGAGAGUGACCUCAGUUCUGUGACAGACGAGGUGUUCCUGGAGGCCCAGAUCCAGAACAUCACCACGUCGUCCAUGUUCAUGGAGAAAGUGUCCCUGGAGCCCUCCAUGAUGUACAACGUCGCCGAGCUCAACACCGUGGAGGACGAAGGAACGUCUACAUUUGGGAAGAUGUCUUACUUGCAGCCCAUGGACACGCGCCAGUAUCUCUACUGUCUGAAGCCCAAGCCAGAGUUUGCAGAGAAGGCGGGCAUCAUCAAGGGCGUGACGGUGAUCGGCAAACUGGACAUUGUGUGGAAGACCAACUUAGGAGAAAGAGGAAGGCUGCAGACAAGCCAGCUACAGAGAAUGGCUCCAGGUUACGGAGACGUCAGGCUAUCGCUGGAGAUGAUCCCAGACACCGUCAACCUAGAGGAACCCUUCGACAUCACCUGUAAAAUCACCAACUGCAGUGAGAGGACCAUGGACCUGGUGCUGGAGAUGUGCAACACCUGCUCCAUCCACUGGUGUGGUGUAUCAGGGAGACAGCUAGGCAAAGUCAGCCCCAGUGCCUCACUCGCUUUGCCCCUCAAACUCCUCUCCUCUGUCCAGGGACUGCAGAGUAUAUCCGGCCUGAGACUAACCGACACAUUUCUGAAGAGGACGUAUGAAUACGAUGACGUUGCGCAGGUGUGUGUGGUCUGUCCAUACAUGAGCCGGGAGAGCUAAAGACCUUUCCAGACCCUUCUAGAACCCAGCACUAUAAAUCUCAAAUCUCCAUGCACCAACUUCCGAACUCUGCACCUAUACUAUCACCUUACAGUACACACCCCAAGGUUAUCAUGUUUUAACAGAUGUUAUGUUUUUAAUGUUUUCUUUGCAAAAAACAAUCUGGAUUUUAAAUGUGAAUAAAAGCGGUAUUUAAUC